AUGAAGUUCUCUUCAUACCUUGCAGCCGCGGCUGCUAUCACUGGCGUGAAGGCUUCUCCGCACCCCGCACCUGCGCAACAGGAACCCUUGGGAGCACCAUCCACGCCGUCACAGCCAAUCUACAGCCAGACCGGUGCAGAAGAUAUAAUCAAAAACUCACCUCUACUAUCAUUCCACCGAGACUUGGUCGAGAUUGAGUCAAUCUCCGGCAACGAGCACGAUGUCGGCCUCUUCGUCGCAAAGUUCCUAGAGGCCCGGAACUUCACCGUCGUGAAGCAGGAGGUGCCUCCGCUGAAGGGCCAUGAAAGCCCAAAGACAAGAUACAACAUCUACGCAUAUCCUGACUCGCAUUCGGAGCCUCCUGCCAUCCUUCUCACGAGUCAUAUCGAUACUGUCCCGCCUUUCAUCCCCUACUCGGUACAUCGCCCUCAAUCCGAUGAGUCCGGCAGCUUUGACUCCGAAAAUCUCGUCCUGGCUGGCCGCGGUACCGUUGAUGCUAAGGGCAGCGUUGCAGCGCAGAUCUUCGCUACACUUGAAACGCUGAACGAACAACCCAACGCAAAGCUGGGCCUUCUCUUCGUCGUCGGCGAGGAAGUCGGCGGUGAUGGAAUGAAGGUCUUCUCCGACUCGAAAUAUAACAGAGACAGCACCUACCACACCCUUGUCUUUGGUGAACCCACCGAAGCAGCCCUGGUCUCCGGCCACAAGGGCAUGCUCGGCUUCGAGGUCUUCGCUCACGGCUCUGCCGCGCACUCGGGCUACCCAUGGCUUGGCCGCAGUGCCGUCUCAGCAAUCCUGCCCGCGCUGUCUCGCGUCGAUCAGCUAGGAAACAUCCCCACAAAGGAGGGCGGUCUUCCAUCUUCCCCAAAGUACGGAAACACGACGCUGAACGUUGGUGUUGUCCGCGCUGGUGUUGCGACUAACGUUGUUCCCGCUGAGGCCUAUGCUGAUGUCUCUGUUCGUCUUGCUGCUGGUACACCCGACGAGGCCCGUGAGAUUAUCAAGCGCGCUGUUGAAGAUGCCUCCCGUGAUGUGGAUGCGGAGGUUGUUGUGGACUUCGGCUCGCAUGGCGAGUCUUAUGAGCCUCAGGAUCUUGAUGUGGACGUUGAGGGUUUUGAUGUCACUACCGUAAACUAUGGUACCGAUGUUCCGAAUUUGUCUGUUCGGUCUGGCGUUAAGCGCUACCUUUAUGGCCCUGGCAGUAUCUUCGUUGCUCAUGGUGACCAUGAGGCCCUGAGCGUGCGCCAAAUUAAGGACGCCGUUAGUGGAUUCAAGAAGCUGAUCCAGGCUGCUUUGGAUAGAGAGGAGCAGGGCCUUGCCGUAUAA